GUGACACCCAAUUUCUCCAUUUAUGGUCGCUCUCAUCUCGCGUUGACAUCAACAAAAACUCCCACUCUCUCUCUCCCUCUCUAAGUACUCUUUCUCUCUAAUGAAGACGAUGCGAGGUUUACGAAACUGCUCAAACGACGCCGUAACGCUAGACCUGACGGUUCAUCCUCCUCCUCCUCCUCCUCUUCCUCCUCCAGCACCAUCAACAGUCUCCUCCUCCACCGCCUCGACGAGCCUGUCGUUCGAUGAAGAGGAAACAUCAGAGUCAAAGAUCGGACGGCUGAUAUCAGAGCAUCCAGUCAUCAUAUUCACUCGAUUUUCCUCAUGUUGCAUGUGCCACGUCAUGAAGAAGCUUCUAUCGACCGUUGGAGUUCACCCAACAGUGAUCGAGAUCGACGACGGAGAAAUUGCUUACCUCGCCGUUGAAGCCGCUCCGGUGCUUUUCAUCGGUGGUACUUGCGUCGGUGGCUUCGAGUCACUUGUAGCACUUCACCUAAGUGGUCAGCUUAUUCCUAGACUCGUCGAGGUUGGAGCCUUAUGGGCAUAAUUGUAAUUUUCUGUAUUUUUCUUUCUUUCUUUCAAGUCUAGCCUAUUUAUAACCUUAAGAAAUUCUGAUAAUAAAAUCCAUUGUAAAAUUUUCCAUUAAUCCACUCUUUCUUUCUGAAACACAAAAAUGUUUUUUUUUCUUUAUCUUUUGCCAGUCGGUAAGUAUUGUUUAGAUCAUCAAGUGUAAGAUUUGUUCCAUCAUAAUUAUUACAAUUUUUGUGAAUGA